CUCCUCUCUCCUGCUGCUCUCUUUUGAGUCUGCAAUGUCAGAGCUCUCCGCAGAGGAAUUCAACAGGAGCUGCAGAUGAAAAAGAGUGAACUUCUCUCUUUAACCCAGGAGGUGCCCUGUAGUCUGAGGCCUCACCCGCCCUCCCUCAUCCUCCUGCCCCCGUCUCCUGUCUGAGACCUGCACCUGUUCUGACUCGUCAGGUGAAGAGGAUUCUCUGGCCUUACACUGUUUUUUCAGCUGACCAUAGCUUUGGGGCAAUUAGGGACCCAGUCUAUUCAUUUGUCUAGAUUGCUGCUUUGCUCUGUAUCUCUCUCUCUGUCUCUCCCCUAUAACCCACCUCCCUUCCCUCCCUGCCUAUCCUUACCCCCCUCCCACUCCAUCUCCUGUCUAGCCUAGUCUGAGCCUGCUUGACACUUUGGCUGUGGGUACGUGUGGAGCUGCAGAAAUUUCCCUGCUGGAGUAAAAGUGUGGGAUCACAUUGCAAGAACGCAAAGAAUUCUUCUGGUGGAUAGGCGAGGUUGGAUUGAGCACUGGACGGCAGGGAUAGAAAAGUAAAAACUCCAAACCAAAGGAUUUUGCAGUUGGAAGAGCAGCAGGUAUGAUAAGCCAGACUGUGGUUGUGUCUGUGGCUCUGCUGGCCCUGUGCUGCCUGCUGUUCCCCAGAGGAGGGGAGAGUGCUGGGGGGAUAGUUUCUCUGCGAGACGAGUCCCUGGAUGACCCAGAAAAUGAGCAAGAGCUUGCAGUGGACCCACACCCACUGGGAAGCAGCAACAAGGACAAGAGAGACACAGAGGAGGCUGCACAGGCAGCUAUUUUGGGCAGGGUGAGGAGAGCACCAGACGAAGGCAAAAAGAAGAAGAAGGACAAGAAGAAGAACAAAGAGCCUAAGGACCCCAAUGCCACCAAAAAACCCAAAACUGACAAGAAGGCAAAGAAGAAGGACAGGCAAACAACAACCACAACUCUACCACCAACCACAACAGCGAUCCCGACUGAACCACCCACUGAACCUGAGCCAUACACAGACUAUCCCUAUCCUGAUGUUGACAAUGAUUACUGGAAACCAGACGAGGACUACUGGGAUGCCGAGCCCACACCGUCCAGGCCUCUGCCCGAAACUUUGAGCACAUAUAUCCCAUACAACUACUUGGAGCCAGAGGAGGAAGUCCCAGCUUCUCCAGUAACAGACGUCUACUAUGACUACUGGAAACCAGCGGAGAAAGAGCCGUCCACUCCAGUGCCUGACAUCGACGACGACUACUGGACACCAGAUGAGAAAGAACCAUACAUUCCCGUGACUGAUAACUAUGAUAGCAAUUGGAAAGAGAUGGACCCGACGCCUCCUGCCCCUGAGGUUGAUGGGAAGGCUGGGACAGACGACCCUGAUUACUGGGACUCCACAUUCGAGACGCCAGAUAAUCUUCCAUUCCCUGAUGGUAAAGAGGUCAGCCCUGAAAUCAGAGUAGAAACUCUACCAGAGGAGCCCACAGCCACUCCUCCCCAUGAGGGGACGUGGUAUGAUGAUUACGACGAAUACGGGAGGAAAGAAGAUGAGACGGAUGACAAAUGGAUAGAGAAGGAGAGAGAGAGAGCGGCAAAAGAAAGAGAGAGGGAAGAGAGAGAGAGAGCGCAGAAGCUGAAAGAGGCAGAGGAGCGGGCCAGGAACAGACCACGCGUCUUCAAAGAGCCAAAGAAGUGUCCUCCCCUGGGGAUGGAGUCUCAUAAGAUUGAUCCAGACCAGCUUUCAGCCUCCUCUGUGUCUCAGUAUAAAUUUGCACCUCAGAGGGCGCGCCUCAACAUGCAGGGCUCAGAUGAUGAAGAUAACAUGAGAGGUGGAGCCUGGUGUGCAAACUCAGACGACAGGGUCCACUGGUUUGAGAUAGAUGCUCGCAGGGAGACAGAGUUCACAGGAGUCAUAACACAAGGACGAGACUCCUUGAAUGAGAAUGACUACGUGUCGUCCUACUUCCUGGCUUUCAGCAAUGAUAGCAGAGAAUGGACCACCAUCCAUGAUGGAUACUCUGACUGGUUGUUCUUUGGAAACAGCGAUAAGGACACUCCAGUGAUGAAUCAGCUGGCAGAGCCCGUGCUCGCUCGCUACAUCCGAAUCAUCCCUCAGAGCUGGAACGGCUCUCUGUGUAUGAGGCUGGAGGUCCUAGGCUGCCCCCUGCCUGAUCCAGCUGAUCAGUACCGGCAAAAUGAAGUGGCUCCAGUCGAUUACUUGGAAUUCAAACAUCACAGCUACUCAGAGAUGGUUGCACUCAUGAAGUCGGUGAACGACGAGUGUCCCAACAUCAUCAGCAUCUACAGCCUGGGCCGCAGCUCCAAGGGACUGGAAAUCAUGGCCAUGGUCAUCUCUGGCAACCCCACAGAGCAUGAAAUAGGUGAGCCAGAGUUGCGCUUCACGGCAGGUCUCCAUGGAAAUGAAGCAGUGGGUCGGGAGAUGCUCCUGCUUCUCAUGCAGUACCUGUGCAAAGAGUACAAAGACAGAAACCCCAGAGUCCAGCAGCUGGUAGAUGGAAUACGCAUCCACCUGGUGCCCUCGCUCAACCCUGACGGACACGAGAAGGCUUUUGCGGUGGGAUCAGAGCUGAGUGGAUGGACCACUGGACACUUCACUGAGGAUGGUUUUGACAUCUUCCAGAAUUUCCCCGACCUGAACAAUAUCCUGUGGGAUGCUGAAGAUAGGGGAAUGGUGCCCAAACUCACCCCCAAUCACCAUGUACCCAUACCAGACAACUUAGAGUCCAACAGCUCGAUUGCUGUGGAAACCAGGGCCAUAAUCACCUGGAUGAAAAGCCAUCCAUUUGUGUUGGGUGCGAACUUCCAGGGCGGGGAGUCAAUUGUGGCAUAUCCUUAUGACAGCUUACGUCUCAACAAACCUACCGAGAGCCAGAAGCGCCACAGCCGCAAGAAGAGACAGUAUGACGAAGAAGGUUUUGACGUGACAGAGUGGGGAAGGGGCUACCAAGAGGAGCCAGAGGAAGAGUGGAGAGGAAGGGGAUACGCAGAGCCAGAGGAGGAGUGGAGGGGCCACGGCUAUGACCACGGUUACGACCAUGGCUACGACCAUGGCUACGACCAAAGUUACAACCAAGGUUAUGCACACAGAGAGGAGGAAGAGGAUGAUAGAGAAAGAAGCACUGGCUACCAGUACGCUGAGCCAGAGGACGAGCCUCGAGUGAUAGCGGAUGAGUCCCUCUUCAGGUGGCUGGCUGUCUCUUACGCCUCCACACACCUCACCAUGACACACAACUACCACGGCUCUUGCCACGGAGACACUACUACAGGGGGGCAUGGCCUCGUCAACCGGGCCAAAUGGAAGCCAAUCACAGGAAGUAUGAAUGAUUUCAGCUACCUGCACACCAACUGUUUUGAGUUGUCCAUAUUCUUGGGGUGUGAUAAGUUCCCUCAUCAGAGUGAGUUGGCAUAUGAGUGGGAGAAGAACAGGGAAGCGAUGCUCAUCUUCAUGGAGCAGGUGCAUCGAGGCAUCAGGGGCAUUGUGAAGGACCAGCAGGGGAACCCCAUUGCAAAUGCCACUGUGUCUGUAGAGGGGAUAAACCACGAUGUCACUACAGCACCAACAGGGGACUUCUGGCGGCUCCUUAACCCAGGGGAGUACCGUGUAACAGCUCGAGCUGAGGGCUUCUCAUCCGUCACCAAACUCUGUGUGGUGGGUUACCAGCCAGGAGCAACCGCCUGCAGCUUCAACCUGGCAAAGUCCAACUGGGACCGCAUUAAACAGAUCAUGGCCCUUCACGGCAACAAGCCAAUUCGACUCAGCUACAGCAACACCAGAGUACAGAACCCUGUAGUUUCUAACAGCAACAGGCGUGUGGUUGAUGGCAACAAUAACUAUUCACAUAAUUCACAACUCAGAAAUGAAAGACAGAAGAAGCACAAGUUAGACAAGUUAGCUCGUCUUUGUCGCCUUAAGCGCUUACAACACCUUCGACAGUGUUUAAGAUUUAAGACGACGACAACAUUACCCCCAACAACCACAGUUCCCACAACGCUACCCCCAACAACCACAGUUCCCACAACACCAGAGACCACCACAUCCUGGUAUGACUCGUGGGACAUAGGGGAGGGAGAGUCGACGCCUGGCGGUUUCACAGACUCCAUGCUGGAUUAUAACUACGAAUACAAGAUUGAUGACUAUUGAACUAAACACACGAUUCAGUAAACAUGCAACCAUACUCCCAUUCUUGUAGUUCUCAUUGCCAUGUUGUACUUUGAGCAGGUUGAUAAAGAAUCAAAUGAAGAAUCCCAUCUUUGUAUGGCAUAUAUAGAAUAUUCACUAUAUUGAUAUAAUAUGUAUCUAUUACUUAACAAACUGACCCUGUUUGACAGUUCACCCUGCAUUUUUCUGACUUGUUAUAGUCUUUUUUAUGAAUGCUUUUUGCUUCAUGAAAAGGUUUUUAUUGUAGACGCACAUUAACAACAGUCAUGACUUUUUUUUUUUUUUUGAAAACACUUCCAACAUACACCUUACUUCAGUGACUUUAAAACUAACCUUCAUCUGAGUGAUCACAGGGAUAUAUCAAUAUCUGAUCUGUUAACUGGUUGUAUAUGUCAGAUUUCCCAGAGUUGCAUUAUGUACACUCGUCUCCACCCAUGGCAGAAAUGUUUUUACAUUAUGAACAGUCACUAAAGGUUUAAAAUGCAUUUGUUCAAAGUUGGAAACAGAGUCACAAGGAAAGAGUCUUCUGUCAUGUUUCCUCAGACACAGUUGGGUUAUUUUUCAAAUAAAGGCUUGUUACUACACAA